UUGUGAAUUCGGAGGAAAAAAAAAAGAAAAGAAUCAUGGCAAGCUCUGAGUGCUGCUCAAACCCACCAGCCCUGAACCCGUCCAGCGGCUCCGGCCACGUCGAAAAGCUCGGCGGUUUCGAUUCCUAUGUCACUGGCUCCCCUGACUCCAAGCUUGCCGUUCUUCUCGUCCAUGACGCUUUUGGAUAUGAAGCUCCAAAGGCUAGGAUGCUUGCAGACAAAAUUGCAGCUGCUGGGUUCAUUGUUGUGCUCCCGGACUUCUUCAAUCGAGACCCUUUUAAUGGGGACCUUGCCUCUCUACCGGUUUGGAUAAAAGCUCAUGCACCGGACAAAACAAUCGAAGAUGCAAAACUGGUAAUUGAAGCUUUAAAAAGUAAAGGUGUUUCUGCAGUUGGUGCUGUAGGCUUCUGUUGGGGCGGCAAGGGUGUCGUUGAACUUGCGAAGCAUGACUUUAUCCAAGCCGCUGUUUUGUGUCAUCCUUCAUUUGUCACUCUGGAUGAUAUCAAGGCGGUUAAGGUUCCGAUUUCUGUACUUGGAGCUGAGAUUGAUCAGCUGACUCCACCCGAAGUCGUCAAACAAUUUGAAGAGGUUUUAACUGCAAAACCUGAGAUUAAAAGCCAUGUGAAGAUAUUCCCGAAGCUCGUACAUGGGUGGACGUUGAGGUACAACGAUGAAGACGCGGCGGCUGUCAAGGCAGCUGAGGAGGCUCAUCAAGACUUGUUGGGGUGGUUCUUGGAGCAUAUCAAGUGACGGGCACCAUAUAUCACUGCUGAAGUGUUUUGUUGUCACUUAGGAAGACAGUUUGGAGUACCUUAAAUUCUCUUAUAUGUUGUUUUUUAUUUGGAAGCGGUGGAUUGCCCCGGUGACUCGGGCAUUCCUCUUUGACCCGCUACAUCCAGUGUUCAAACCCUCCUCUCCUCUUAAUGUAGAUUAUCGUUUGUACUCAAUUGCUUUUUAUCUAUUUAAUUUAUCUGUAAUGUUACUUGCUUGGAAUAAAGAACAACAAUUAAGGUACCUAAAGUUCAAAUUUUAAAUGUAGACUUCAUCGUUUUA